ACGACGCGAGAGGGUUUGGGUAAGGUUGGGGGGGGAGCAGUUUGACUAUAUAAACCAGUCGCCGUCGACAGCGCAGCAUCGGCCUCCUAUCCUUCACCAUGAAGCUGACACUGGCGAUAUUACUGUGUGUGGGCGCUGUCACACGGGUGGUGGCGCAGGAUGGCUCCUAUAUGCUGGAUUCACGAGGCGUGGAGGUGGAGCAGGGACUCCAGCCUUCCCCACAACUCUUCCAGAACCACCAGGCCUUCUCCCAAGCCUUCAAAGAGCGCUCCGAAGAGAUGGCCCUGCAAUACAGUCUUGGCCAAGUCGAAUACAACGAUCCUAAUCCAGAGUACGCUUGGGCUUACGAGGUCGACGCCAAAUCGACCGGGGACAUGAAGUCUGCCCGAGAGGAACGUCGAGGUGACGUGGUCGUGGGUCAGUACUCGGUCAUGGACCCCGACGGCUCUCUGCGCGUGGUCGACUACUCGGUGGCUCCCGGCACAGGCUUCCAGGCCACCGUCCGCAAGGAGUACGCAGGCGAGGCUUUCCAGGGGCAGGAGCAGAGGCUGCAGGCUCAGGCCAGGCAGUACAGUGCUAUCCAACAGGGAACCGACUACCAACAGAACCGUGGGCAAUACUCGCAGAACCGCUACCAGAACCAACAAAACCGUGGCCAGUACUCACAAAACUACAAUGAGUAUCAACAGAACCGCAACCAGUAUCAGUACUCACAAAGACGCAACCAGAACCUGGAAAACACUAGACAAUAUUCCCAGAACCGCGAUCAGUAUGAACAGAACCGCAAUCAGUAUCAACAGAACCGCGUAUCAACAGAACCGCGAUCAAUAUCAGCGAAACCGCUUCCAAUCCUCUCAGUACAGCAACGAUUACCAGCAGAACCGCUAUCAGAACCAGCAGAACAGUGAGUACCAGCUAAACCCCAUUCAGUAUUCUCAGAAGCUCAACGAGUACCGACAGGACCGCAAUCAAUACCAGACCCGCAACCAAUACCAGCAGAACAGGAACCAGUACCAGCAGAACUUCGAUCAGUCUUACCAGAAUCGCAACCAAUACCAGCAGAACCGCAACCAAUACC